UGAUCCGUUACUCGCGAGUUUUUCGAGGCUGUAGUUAUUCACGGUCGUGCAACGGUCGAGUCACGUUCAGUAGUUCGUACUCGCUUCUGUAAAAGUUCCCAAUAAGAUUUGCAGACAUGGGUGUCCCAGCUGGUGAUGUUGAGAAAGGAAAGAAGAUCUUCGUUCAAAGGUGUGCGCAGUGCCACACUGUUGAAGCUGGUGGCAAACACAAGGUUGGUCCUAACUUGCAUGGUCUGAUUGGCAGAAAGACUGGUCAGGCUGCAGGUUAUGCAUACACAGAUGCCAACAAAGCUAAAGGCAUCACAUGGAAUAAGGACACACUCUUUGAGUACCUUGAGAACCCAAAGAAAUACAUUCCUGGAACUAAGAUGGUGUUUGCUGGCUUGAAGAAACCCCAAGAACGAGGAGAUCUCAUUGCUUAUCUUGAAUCUGCCACUAAGUAAAUAAAGUUGAGUCUAAUCUAUAAUGCAAGACAGCAUGACUGGAAAAUGAAAUUAAAAAUUUUAGAACAAUUUUAUUUAAAAAUAUUUCAUUUCAACAGUUAAUGCAACUCUUGAUCAAGAUUUUACUCUUCUUGUAUAUUUUGUGUUUUUUCUUGAUGAAUGGAGCACAUAGUGAAAAUUGUUAAUAAUGUUAAAUAAGUAGGAAUGAUGUAUGUUAACAUAAGGCUGGAUAAAAAAUAGUCUUAUUGUUGUCAUUGGAAGUAUUUCAGCGUUAAUGAUUCGAUUAUUGUUAGAGGCAGUGCCUCAAAAUCAAUCAUGACGUAUAUUUUUAUUGUCACAUUGGUCAAUUUUAUUCUGGUAAUUCAUUCAAUGUGUUCUCUGCAUUGAAAUACAAAAUCCAUUUAAAAAAUUUGAACUACUUUUUUUUAUAACCAGUUCCAUUUUGUUCAUUAUAAUGCUCAUAAAUAAACCAACAAAGGAUGCUUAA